AUUUCUCAGGAAUUGAUGGGGAGGGUCUACGGUAAAGGAAAAAAGUCGUCUGUGCUUGGAUAGGUGUUUAACGUUUAAAUCUCAGCCCAUCGAGGAUGGACAGCCAAGGGAGAAAAGUUAUAGUUUGCGAUAAUGGCACUGGGUUUGUCAAAUGUGGCUAUGCAGGUUCCAACUUUCCAGAACACAUCUUCCCUUCCUUGGUAGGAAGGCCUAUCAUCAGGUCUAAUACUAAAGUUGGAGAUAUAGAAAUCAAGGAUUUGAUGAUUGGAGAUGAUGCCAGUAAACUGAGGUCCAUGUUAGAAGUCAACUACCCCAUGGAGAAUGGGAUAGUGAGGAACUGGGAAGACAUGAUGCAUGUGUGGAACUAUACAUUUGGAGAAGAUAAACUCAAUAUCAAACCCAGGGACUGCAAGGUUUUGCUGACUGAACCACCAAUGAAUCCAACAAAAAAUAGAGAAAAGAUGAUUGAGGUUAUGUUUGAGAAGUACCAAUUUGCAGGUGUAUACAUUGCUAUACAGGCAGUGUUGACACUUUAUGCACAAGGUUUACUCACAGGAGUUGUAGUAGAUUCAGGGGAUGGUGUGACACACAUAUGUCCAGUGUAUGAAGGCUUUGCACUUCCACAUUUGACAAGAAGAUUAGAUAUUGCUGGUAGAGACAUAACCAGAUAUCUUAUCAAGUUGCUGUUAUUGAGAGGCUAUGCUUUCAAUCACUCUGCAGAUUUUGAGACUGUGCGCAUGAUGAAGGAAAAAUUGUGCUAUGUAGGAUAUGACAUUGAAUCUGAACAAAAGUUAGCAGUAGAAACAACAGUUCUGGUGGAGUCAUAUUCUUUACCUGAUGGCAGAACGAUCAAGGUUGGUGGUGAGAGAUUUGAGGCCCCAGAAGCCCUGUUCCAGCCACACUUAAUCAAUGUGGAAGGCAUGGGCAUGGCAGAGUUACUGUUCAGCACCAUCCAGGCUGCAGACAUGGACACAAGGCCAGAGUUUUACAAACAUAUAGUGCUAUCUGGAGGAUCCACCAUGUACCCAGGGCUUCCCAGUCGUUUAGAGAGAGAGAUUAAGCAACUCUAUCUGGAGAGAGUGCUCAGGGGAGAUACAACCAAGUUAUCUAAAUUCAAGAUUCGUAUAGAAGAUCCACCCAGAAGGAAGCACAUGGUGUUUUUGGGUGGUGCUGUGUUGGCAUCUAUUAUGAAAGAUAAGGACUCAUUCUGGAUGACACGUGAAGAAUACCAAGAGAAAGGACUGGGAGUGUUAGAAAAACUGGGUGUUAGCCCAAGUUAACUUGGACUGUUACUGUUAAUGGUUUUUAUCAUUUUGAAGGACACAAUGCUUAGGAGCUGCUGACAAAAUAACAGUGAAUCUGAUUGAUUUUGUUCGAGUUAAACAUUGAAUGGAUCUAAUUUUUUCCACCAUUUCACAGGAUUAUAUAUAUAUAAAUAUUAGGACAUACAUAGCCGUGCUUAAAUAACCUUCAUUUGUAUAUAAGCAUAAGUAUAAAACAAAUAGAAUAGUAUUGGUGAAUUGAUACGAGGAUCGAAACUUUGGAUGGUGUACAUAUAUAUUAAUGAAUUGACAAAAUGAGUUUUAAAAAAAUACAAAAAAAAGUUAAGUACUAUGUUAAUUGUUAUGGGGAAUGAUAUUAUUCAGGACAAUGAAAUGAUGAAUAAUUGAUCAUUUGAGGAAAUGCCAUAAAAAAGCAAUUUUAUAUGUUAUAAAUAUGGUAAUAUCCACAUUUAUAUUAUUUGAUAAGGUGAAAAGGCUUCUGUAUAUAAGCCCCUGCAGUUUUGGCGGUUGACCAUUUAGGAUGUGUUGGUGCAACUUCAUGAACCGUAAGACCAAAGGAAAACUGACACCAUAUCUAAGUUCCAAAUGGUGUCACUACCAUAUUGUUAAUUAAUUAGCAGAAGUGAACAUUCCAUAGUAAGAUAUUAACUUUUUUAAAAACCUUGGGAAUUAAAGUUGUCUUAAUUAGAUUACCAAUUGAAAUAACAUUGGCAUGAAGGUAGUGAAGUAUAUCAUAAUGAAAACUAAUGAUUUCACUACAAAUAAUUAGAGGCCUUGUUACAAAUGUAAAGUACCAAGAAAAGCAUCUUUUAAAAUAAAACUGAUUUGAUCACCGUU